AUGGCCCCAAUCAAAGGCAGAAAGGCUGCCGCCAACAAGAACUUGCCCAUACUCAGCCAUGAGUUCGUCAUCCAAAACCAUGCAGACAUCAUGUCCUGCGUGGCCAUGGUCAUCGUCAUCGGUCUCAUGGUUCAGUUGACUUCACCGGUGUCUUCAUUGUUUGUGGCCCUGCAAUAUGUCCAAACCCCCGGACCUAACACCUUGCAAACAUAUGGUACAGGUCUAAAGGAUUUGUUUGCUAUAUUUUUCUAUUUCCUCAUUUGCAUCAUAUUCCAUGCCAUAAUUCAAGAAUAUGUUUUGGAUAAAAUUUGCCGUAAAUUGCAUUUAUCCAAAUCAAAAAAUUCAAAAUUCAAUGAAUCUGGACAGCUGAUUGUAUUCAAUGCAGUUUCUAUGAUUUGGGCAUUAGACAUUGUUGUGAAAGGAAAUUGGUUGGCUGAUCUUUCAUCUUUAUGGAUUGGAUAUCCAUACAGCACUCUAUCGUUUUCAACAAAAUUCUUUUACAUAAUUCAAUUUGCUUACUGGGCUCAUAUUAUGCCAGAACUGUACUUCCAAAAAAUUAAAAAAGAGGAUAUGUUUAGCAGAGUGAAAUAUUCUGUAUUGUACUUGGCAUUUGUCUCGGCUAUAUACAUAACUAAUUUCCACCGUAUUGGUGUUGUAUUACUAUUGUUGAAUUAUGUUUGUGGAUUUACUAAACACGCCGUUAAAUUGAUUGAUAUCACUGAGAAAGAUGAAGAUAGUAAAAAAGUUCAAUUGGCCCAAAAUGUAUACAACUGGUUGUUUUAUGCUGUACAAUCGCUGACAUUAAUCCUAUCUCAGACGAUGCUAUGGUUCGGUCUUAAAGGUGUGCAGUACACUGGAGAAUUGCGUGAUUUCAACACCCCCAUGUUCAAAUUAAUAUGUUCGAUUGGCUCAUUGGCUACACAAGCAUGGAUUAUUCAUGAAUUCUUGAACGACCAAAAUUCCAAUGGUCUCAAUUUAUCUGCAUCAUUUAGAUUAAUCAAAUCCAAACCAAAAUCAACAGAUAUUUCUAACAAAAAACGCAAGAAUACAGCUUCCCGAAAGUUUAAUGAAUUGACAGAAGCAGAUCAGAACACUAAAAAAACAUUAAAACAUGAAGCGAAGAAAGCAGCAAAGAUUGCAAAGAGUGUAAAAUAA